AUGUCUGAAAAUAGCGGAAUUUCGACAUCUAAUGGCACCAGAUCUUCAUCUCAAUCGUCUGCGAGAUCCUCUCGGGGCUCCUCGAGCGUCGAAACGAGUGUGACAAAGCUUUUAAUGUCCACGAAACACCUGCUUCAGCGCCUGACACAAUGGUCUAAGGGACAAGCAAACGAAAAGAACGUCUCUGAUGCGUACGUUCAACUCGGGAACGAUUUUAAGUUAGUUACGAAGCAAUUCUCUCAUGCUGGACUAGAAGUGUCUGACUUAGGUGAUCUUCCAUCAAGUUUGCGACAAGUCUUGGAGGUAGCAUUGAGAGAAAGACCAUCUGAGGAAACAUUAGACAAGUACUUACCCAGCAUCCGUGAGAUCGUUGUUACACUUCUAGAUAAGCUCAAAGUAAAGCAAACUCUCCUGAAAAGCAUGAAACAAAGUCAGCCGUAUGUUCCGUCCAGAAGUUCUCGUUCAGCAUCUUCUUUGAGCGCCACGUCAGGGCGGUCCACGCCUACUCAGAGAGAGAUUGUUUCUGCUGCCAAUUCAACGAAUACGUCUCCUUACAGGUCUCCUGCUGCCACGAGCACACCAACCAAGCUAGAAUUGCCUCCUUCCAUAAAAGUUCCCAAGCAAAGGGAAAAUCAAAACGCCGCGCUUGCGCAACUCAAAAAAAGUGACACAUUACAGAGAAGGGCCUCGAAAAGGUUUUCCGCCUACCACAUGGCUAAGUUGAGCCAUCAAUCAACGAGUGAAGCUGCCGCCAUGGUAACUCCACCCCAUUCUGUUGGCCAGCUUGCCGGUACUAACGAAGUCGCUACUCCUUCAGAAUCAACCAUCAACAGGACGGUAGGAUCGACUUUUGUGCCUUCAAGGAACUCAUCUCUCCCGCUGGAGAAUCAGGAAAUGAGCAUCACAGCUUUUUUGAAGUUGGAUGAUAAGGUUAAAAAAUGUUCGCUCGCAUUACCAACAUCCUUCAACUCUCUCAGAUUAUUGUUUGUUGAAAAGUUCACGUAUACGCCCGGUUCCAACAGCUUUCCAGAAAUUUACGUCAAAGAUCCAGGUUACGAGGCUUUCUAUGAAUUAGAAGCAAGUCAUCUUGAUAAGAUCAAGGACGGCUCGGUGGUUUCUCUUCAAUCGUCAGAUGUAAAUUCUAUCAUUCCGGAGACAGAUCUCGUUAUGUUGUUUGACAACUUUGAGAAGCGCUUUCAGCUGAAACAGGAGGCUCUGCUGCUUGAGGUGCAGAAGCUUCGAGAUUCCUCUUCUUCGCCUGAAUUACGUGAACCUCAGCUUCAAACUAUGAACACAAGCAGCGCAUCUCGGGCAGAGGUUGAAGCUCUUAGGCAUCAGUUCGCUGUGUUACACCAAAUUCACAGCGCUAAGAAGAAAAGCUUCGAUGUUAAUAUUUCUAACAUUUUAGAGAAGGUCGCAAAAUUCAAGAGUCUGUCCUUUAACUCUUCUACCACCGCCAAUAGAGUUUACAUGGAGAAAAGUCAUACCAAGCUAUCUGAAGUCUCGGAUAAGCUUCUUAGUAAAGUUGAUGAUCUGCAGGAUGUAAUCGAGGCUUUAAGAAAGGACGUCGCCAUUAGAGGGUCAAGACCUUCCAAGAAAAAACUCGAGACUGUUCAUUUGGAGCUAAGGCAAGCUCUUGAUGGCUUGAAUACAAUGCAAGACUACAUAUCCAUUGAAAAACCAAACUGGAAGAAAAUCUGGGAAAGUGAAUUGGAGAAAGUUUGCGAAGAACAGCAAUUUUUAACGCUACAAGAAGAUCUCGCCUUUGAUUUUAGUCAAGAUCUGGAAAAGGUUCGAGAAACUUUUGACUUAGUUAAGUUGUGUUGUGAGGAAAAGGAAAAAAAUCCUAAGAAAACUAAUAACCCAAUUUUGCCCAUUGCCAAACCUGGAACAUUCAAUCAACUUAGAGACGCAGUACUAAGUGAGGUAGAAGCUCUUCAUCCUGAUCAUGAUGAAAGGGUUGAGGCAAUCGAAAGAGCAGCAAAGUUGAGGAAUCGGGAAAAGGGCUAUAGAGACAACAGUGAAUUUGAAGACGAACUUGGUAAUUUCGUAGGCAAGAACAACUUCAAAAAAGCUGGCGGUAUAGAUGAAGUUGAUAAAGUACGCCAAAAAAAAGAUGAGGAGAAUUUGAGAGCCAACUUCAGACAAAUUCCAUCAUGA